AUGUAUGAUGAUGUUAUGGACCGCAUGGCUGAUUUCAAGAACGUCGCUGAUGUUGCCUGGAGAGAAGUUGUUGUCAAGUCUCAACCAACCGUUCGUGCCGAUUUCAACUCCCUUAUCGGAAGACACAAGAGAUCCAACGCUCAAUGUAACUGCGGAGCUCAAUCUCAAGGAUGCCCAGCUGGACCACCAGGACCAGUCGGAGAUGCUGGUCUCCCAGGAAAAGAUGGUCUCGAUGGAGAAUCAGGUCAACCAGGAGUCAACGGAAACCAAAUUUACUUUGGAGAAGAAGAUAAGAAGGCUUGCAUCGUAUGUCCAGCUGGACCACCAGGACCACCAGGACCACCAGGACCAGUUGGAGAUGCUGGAGAUGAUGGUUACGCUGGACGUGACGGACCAGCCGGAAACCCAGGAUCCGAUGGACAACCAGGAGCACCCGGAAACGACGGAAGACCAGGAAGCCCAGGACACGCCGGAGCUCCAGGAGAGAACGGACGUCCAGGAGUUCAAUACAGCCAAGGAACACCAGGAAAGCCAGGAAGACCAGGACCACGUGGACCAGCUGGGCAACCAGGAAAGAACGGAAAUGAUGGAAAUAAUGGAGCACCAGGAAACCCAGGACAACCAGGAAAGAACGGUGUUAGCGGUCUUCCAGGACCAGAUGGACAACCAGGAACUCCUGGAACUGAUGGAGAGCUUGGACCAGAUGCUGGAUAUUGCCCAUGCCCAGCUCGCACUGAAGCUAUUCGUUUCAUGGAAUAG